AUGACUGACAUCGCUAUCCCCAUUAGUGAGAGAGGCUUGCCGAUAGCAACCCUGCCGAUUCUCAACGGCAAACUCUACGCCAUCUGGGACCCGGCCCUCGUGCAGUCUGCCUACCGCAACAAAGACCUCUCAUUCGAGCCCUUCGCCGUUGAGUUCGCCCAGAAAGACCUCGGACUAAGCAACGAUGUAGCCAAGCUUCUGCGGGAAACGGACCUUGUACCGGACUUUUUUGGUGUCAUCCACCCUGCGUUGAAUGGUGCCCAUCUUCACCGCAUGAACGCCAACGCGCUGAAGUACGUCUCCGCGGAGCUCGAAAGGAUCGGUGGAGGAGUCGGUGAUGAGAGCGGACUUGAUGUGCCGAAUUUGUUUGCGUGGGUGAGGAGGGUCAUGACGCUCGCGACGACGGAGGGGCUUUACGGGGUUGAGAAUCCGGUGAUGAAGGAUCUGACGUUGAUUGAUGACCUGUGGACUUUUGAAAGCGGCGUGCCCAUGUUCAUCCUCGACAUCCUCCCGCAGUACACAGCCCGCAACGCCUUCCAAGCCCGCGCACGUCUUCAAGCGGGCCUGUCGAGGUUUUACAUGGCCAGACACGACCACAACGACGACGUGGCGCAGAUUGUCAAGGCCAGAGCGGAUGUCCUGCGGAGGUACGGCAUCCCGGACCGCGAGAUCGGAACGUUCGAGCUGGGGCUGCUGCAUGUUGGAACAGCCAACACUAUCCCGGUCUUUUUCUGGUUUCUGGCGCAUGUUUUUACGCGGUCGGAGCUGGUCGAGAGACUGCGUGAGGAAGUUCUGGAAGCCUCGCAGCGGAAAGAGGACGAGGCUAUCAUCGACAUCACAAUUUUUGAGAAGGAGUGUCCCCUGCUUGUGAGCUGUUACCGCGAGAGCAUGCGGCUCUCGAGCAGGGUUAUUGGGAAUCGGAGAGUUACGAAGGAUACGACUAUUUCUGACGGGAAGAGCAGGUCUUACAUGUUGAAGAGCGGGGUUAAUCUACAACUCUCCGCUGAAGUUCUGCACCAUAUGGACCAUGUUUGGGGUGAGGCUCCGGCGUUAUUUGUUCCUGACAGGUUUCUGGCGGUCGAGAAUGGGGGCAGGAAAGAGGUUGGGGACGAGAAGAUGAAGAGAGCGGCGUAUAUUCCCUUCGGAGGGGGCCGGCACUUGUGUCCUGGGCGGAACUUUGCUUUUGCGGAGAAUCUGGGGUUUGUGUCGGCGUUGUUGCUUGGAUUUGAGGUGAAACCUCUGAAUGGCAACGUUGGCGAGUUGCAGGUUCCGGAGGCAAUGGCGUGUACGCUUGCAGAUGGCACGCCCAAGCCGGUGAGAAAUGGAGAGGGUUUUGGAGUGAGAAUCGUGAGGAGGGAGGGUUGGGAGAAGGCAAAGUUCAGAUUCGUGUGCUAA